GGGAGCUUGUAGUGCUUAAAAGGCCGGCAGUGGCUGUCAGGAUUUGCAGACUCCCACCCAGACAGCCACAGUGCGGCCACCAGCUCCCCUCGCACCUCGACCUCGGACCUCCCUGGCUCAGGCACACCCAAAAACUACAGGUAUGGACAGCGCCCCCUUCCUGCAGAGGUUCAGGCUCACACACUGCUGGGCAGCCCUCAGCUUGCUGUAUUCUCUCCACGCCUUGCCCCUUAACCUCGAUCCGGUAUGUUCCGCAACCACGCCUGCCAAGUAUAGCCUGACUUUCACGGGAAAGUGGAGCCAGGCUGCCUUCCCCAAGCAGUACCCCCUCUACAGACCCCCUGCCCAGUGGUCCCACCUCAUCGGCGUGACCCACAGCUCAGACUACCACAUCUGGCAGGCGAGUGAGUAUGCCAGCAAUGGACUGAGGGAGUUUUCCGAGAAGGGAGAGGCUUGGACACUGAUGAAGGAGGUGGAGGAGGCUGGUGAGCGCAUCCAGAGCGUCUAUGGGGUGUUCUCCGCUCCUGCGGUGACCGAGGGCACGGGCCAGACCUCCUCGGAGUUCGAGGUCUUUGCAAGGCAUUCAUUUCUGUCCUUCAUCAUACGCAUCGUGCCCAGUCCAGACUGGUUCGUGGGUGUGGACAGCCUGAACCUGUGUGAGGGGGACCAAUGGAAGGAGAGCAUUUCACUGGAACUGUACCCCUAUGACGCUGGCACGGACAGCGGCUUCACCUUCUCCUCUCCGAACUUUGAGACCAUUCCACAGGAGAAAGUUACCCAGAUUACAUCAUCGUUUCCCAGUCACCCAGCAAACUCCUUCUACUAUCCUCGGCUGAAGCAGCUCCCAUCCAUUGCCAGGCUCACCCUGACCAAGCUCAAGAGCAACCAUAUAUCCAGUAUUCCCAUCGAGCCCACCCAGUCCAACAAGAUCCCCACUGACAAUGAGAUAGAGGACUCCCGAAUAAAUACCCCUUUGGACUGUGAGGUGUCCGCCUGGUCCCCUUGGGGCCUGUGUAAGGGUGCCUGUGGGGAGACGGGGGAGCGCCACAGGACUCGCUACAUCCACAUGCACCCCGCCAACAAUGGGGCCGAGUGUCCCUCCCUGGAGGAGAGCAAGGCCUGCGAGCCGGACAACUGUGUGUGAGCGGAGAGACGCACAAAGCCUGCAAAGGCAGGCCUGAUGAACUGGAAGCGAAGGCCAGCGCUAAGCCAGCAGCCACGCCCCGCUAACUUUAUCCUCACAGAUGACAUUUUUUUAGUGCACUUUAAAAGGGGGAGCAAGGGAAAGCAGUUGUACCCAACUGCCACCACUGCUGAGUGGCCAAAGGUAACUCAUCCAAGGUGUCUGAAAUGCUGCGGGAUGACGCAGGUUGUUGGAGACGGGCAGACAUGCCGCUCGCUCCCCUGUGCUCACCUUCCUCCUCACUUAAAUACAAGGCAGAAGGGUUUAUAUGGCAGCUACAAAGCUAGCUGCACAACUGCCAUGUCAUUGCUAGAGUCAAAACCUCCAUGGGUCACAUGAUGAGAAAGUUCACACAUAAGCUGUUAUGUAAAAAUGUUAGCGAUUAGCGCCAUAACCAUUACCUUUAAAGUAUUGUUACUACUUCAGGACUAAACUGGUUUGAAUUACCCUGAUUUAAAGCAUCAUCAUCUCUGAUAUCCUACUAACUGCUGCCCUCUAGUGAGUAAAUUGGAGAUUCACACAACAAGAGCACCUUUUAAUACGUUAAAGGGAAACGUGGAGUGGGAUGUGAUUAUAUUGGUUAUAAAAUACAGACCUAUCUACCUAACCACGAGAUUAUAUUAUCGUAUCUAGAUGCGUAUUUCUGUACUUUUGAACAGCUUCCCUUUUAAAAACAAACAUCCAGAGUUUAUCCAAAUGUUUGUUUUUUAAAACUUAAAGAGUGGGCCAUUACAUCAUCCAACAAUACUAAAUAAUGUAUGAACAUUGGUUACAAAAGUUAAUGCCUAUAUUUACAUGUGUAAUUUUGUAAAAAAUGUAAAUAAAUGUGUCAUUUUCAACAGACAGAAUCCAG